UUGUCGCCAGUGGUUAGAUUCUAUCGGUAUGGGAGAGUACAUCAACAGCUUUGAGACGUACGGUAUCAUCUCCAAGAACGAUCUCGCCAGUCUUAAGACGAUGGAUGUGAACGAUCUACUGAAAGACCUGAAGAUAACAAAAAUGGCUCAUAUCAAGAGGAUCACCAACGCUAUUAAGAAAAUGAAGAGCCCAGAAGAAACUGGUAAAAGAAUCAACCAGGUGAAAAGCAUCUUAAAGAAGGUAAAGACGAUCAUCAUGCAACACGACAGCACGAGGUCACUGGAGUUUAAGUUCUGGGACAGGUUACGUCAGGAGUGUCUGGACCCGGAGAUCGCCCUCUUCAGCACCGAUACUGAUAUUAGAACAGAGCUUGUACAGUUACGUAACUCCUGGAUCCUAGUCCUACUGGUGUUGAACGUGAUGUGGAUCACGCUGAUCGUGUCUCUGACGUACGUGCCCGAGCUCAGGCUGUGGGACGCCAACCCGCUCAGCCUGCUGUCACUUCUAGUGUUCGGGGUACUACAGCUACUACAGUUCCUGACGAUGCUGUAUCACCGGAUCCGGACUCUUCUCCACUACCUGGCGCGGCUACCCUACCCAGCGUCCUGUACGAUGCAGACAAAGGCCACUGGAAAUGGCAAGGCUGACGUCAUAGAGAUAGAACAUAUUGAUCCGGAAGUUCACUUCUCCUCACGACCAUCGCGUCGACCACCCUUGUUUGGAACUUCUCGGUUCCUCAGGAAUGGCAAGCCUCACCUGUGGCCAGCAGCUCGGGCAAAUCCGGUGUACGAGGCAGAGUAAAGGAGAAAACGGACGUUACACUGUAGUACCAACGACAUAUGCUAUGGGGCUCAAAAUCCUUUUUAUGUUUCCAGACCUUAACUAGUGAAACCUUUAAUAAAAAAAAUAUACAUAUACAGGAAACAGGGUUUGUUUUGUCACAAGGUGACACUCAAAAAUAUCAUUACCUCAACGCCAACUUUGGAUAAUUUUUUUGUUUUCUAUUUCACAUAUAUUCCCGGAUUCUAUGCUGAUAAUUUUGAUUUUUCUUAAUUGAAGAAUGAAACUAAGAUAUUACUUAUGUUAGAUAAUUUUCAUUUUAUGUUUGCACUUAACACCAUCGUUUAGUACCUCACCUCACCAUGUUGUACAGAUUUUAUUUUAUGCACACAAUAAAAACGGUUCGACUA